AUGAACGCAGUUCAAAAUGGAAAAUGCACCAAAUGUGGCAGUAAGAAACAUGAAACGAAAGACUGUAGCGUAGAUCUAAGCAAGGUUCGGUGUUUCAGAUGUUCGCAGUAUGGCCAUGUAGGAGUCAACUGCCCCAACAAAAGUGGAUCCGGAGUUUCAAAAGGAUCACCAAAAGGCAAAGGAAAGGAGAACACAGGAAAAGGAAAAGGAGUCUCCAAAGGAGAUCAGUGGAAGAAAGGUAAGUCAAAAGGAAAAGGCAAGUCCACCAAAGGAAAGAAGGGUAAGCUCAAUGAAACGUCAGAGGAGUGGGACCCGGAGGAGUCCUGGUGGUGGAAUGAAAAUGACUGGUGGGGUGCAGAUGGAUGGCAGGAAUCCGGAGUCUUGAAGAGUCUUGGAAAUUCCGUCCAGGACUGGUUGGGGAUUUGUCGGGUGCUGAAGAUGCCGCAGAUGCUUCCUGGUGGUUGCUGGAUAGUGGUGCCAGUGCGACUGUCCUUGCUGAGUCGUGCAUGCGAGCGUUUGUCGACUGAGUUUCAGGCGGAUUUCUGUUGGCUCAAAAAGGAAGGGGAAGUUCUGGACCACAUGGAGAACCAGGAGAACCUUAAGAUUUUGGUUGUUGUGGAAUUGGCCACAAACAAUGUGGGCUACAUCGUCAUUGGGGAAGACAAGAAUGCAAUUUACUCUCAGAUCAACCAGUACUUGCAGCAAUGUGGAAUUUCAUCAACAAGCACGUCAGUUUUGAUACACACGGAUGCAGAGAAAGCUGUUGGAGAACUCUUCACAAAAUCAGGAUCUCAGUUUUCUUUCGCGGUCCGCCGCUCCAAUCCGCAGCAACACCAGUCGACAGGAGGUGCUGAGAGAUGUGUCAGAAGGUUGAAGGAGAGUCUUUCAAUCUUGAGAGCAGACAUGUCGAAGUGUGGAGUUGACAUUAAGUUUGCACAUGAGCCGGUUCAGACCGCCCUCACAUACCUGCAUGAAAGUGUUACUGUGAGACUUGGUGGUGGUAAGGUGAGAGUUUGGAAACCAGACACCAUCAUCGACGAUCAAACGUUGGAGUCCUUGGACACCAAUUUGGGUUUUGAAGGAAUGCAGGAAGAAGUCAACAAUUUAGAGGCUUGUCAGACUGGAGACCUGCUGAGCGAAGCAGAAGCUAAGGCAGUUCAGAAGGUCAACAAGUCGGCCAGGGUCAUUGGAGCUCGUUGGGUUUGUGCGUUUAAAUCAGCAAUCAGAGUCAGAUGUCGCAUUGUCGCCAAAGACCUAGCUCGUGGAACCAGUGCUAGAAAGAUGGGGUAUUCAAGCCCUACACCAUCUUGUGAGUCUUUGCACCUGAUGUUGAUUCUAUGUGCCAGGCUGAAUCUUUUCUUGAGAUCGUUGGACAUCUCUCAUGCCUUUAUGCACAGUCCUCUCGAGGAUCAGAUCGUUCUGCUACGAUUGCCGCUUUCAGUGAGUCUGUGUGACGGCUCAGUUGCCUUUUUGAAGUUGAAGAGAGCCCUGAAUGGGCUGAGAGACGCCUCCUUAGCUUGGCUUCGCCUUCUUGCAGGAACAAUUCAAGGUGAUGACGAAGCUUCUGACAGACCUGAGGCAUUGAGGAUCUUCAGAGCCAAGAGAACUGUGACAGGACGUUCCUGGGAGGCCUUGCUCAAUUCUCAGCGGGUUGCAGCGAUUCGGAAGUGGGCUGGAAUCAUUAUGAUGUAUUUGAAUUCAUUUGAAAUUGGCAGACAGUGGGACCGCUUGUCACCUAUGGGACAGGCCUUGGGUGAUGGUCUGAAGCACAUUUUUGCAGGUAAGGCUACAGGAACUCUGCAUGCGCGUGCAAGCCCAGUCCUGCGGUAUAUCAUGUGGUGUGACAAGAACGGCAUUCCAGCAUUUCCUUUGGUUGAGGCUACGGUUUACAAUUUCAUGUGUGAACAUGCUGACACUUCUGCACCAACAUUUCUACGGUCUUAUUUGGUUGCAAUCAGGUUUUCUUUCCAUGUCCUUGGGGUUACUGGUGGAGAUACAGUCCUUGCAAGCAAAAGAGUAGAAGGGUGUGCACGUGAAGCCUAUCUGAAGAAGAGACGAACCCUGCAGAAGGACCCUCUUAGUGUUGCAAUGGUCGAACACCUGGAGAAGAUUGUCAUGGCUGACAGGUAUCCAGACCGAGACCGGGUGGCGGCAGGAUGUUUCUUGUUGUGCAUUUUCUUCAGGGCCCGUUUUUCAGAUAUGAUGAACUUGCAGGAUCUCAUUUUGGAUGAAAUUGUCGUUGAUGGGAGCCCCCAUGGGUACAUUGAAGGGAAAGUCGGUCGAACAAAAUCAGCCUACACAACCGAGAUGAAAACGAAGUACCUGCCGAUGGUUGCACCGCGUUUUGGUGUCACCGGAGCUGACUGGUUCACCACCUGGAGGGAAGUUGGUGUCAGGUGUGGAAAACCGAGGGGUGAAGCUAUGCCGAUGCUGCCAUAUCCUUCCAAGGGCGGAUGGACAAAGACACCUCUUGGAGCUGGAGAAGGUGCUGACUGGUUGCGGCAACUGCUGCAGGUGUCGGGUAUCCCGCUUGGAGCGCUUGGGAACAUCGGGACACAUUCGCUCAAGACCACAACACUCAGCUGGAUGGCCAAGUUUGGGGCCCCAAUCAGUAUCAGGCAACAUUUGGGAUAUCAUAUGCCGAGUGCCGACAAGAUGGCCCUGCUGUAUUCACGUGAUGCAUCUGCUGGACCGGUUAGGAAGCUUGAGGAAUGCCUUGCUUGUGUCAGGGAGAAGACCUUUGUCCCUGAUGCCACGCGAUCUGGGUACUUUCCAAUGCAGGGUCGUCGACUUGAGCCUGAAAAUGAACAGGCCCUUUCUGGAGUUGGCACCCCUGAAACUGACACGGUAGUGGAUUUCAGUGACACAGACUCUGAAGACUCCCGCGACGAUGAGCAUGCCUUUGAGGAACAAAACAUGAAUGAGGCAGCCAUGGACCACGUGGUAGGCUCAUGGAAUGAACAUGCAACUCUUGAAGCCCUGGGAGUUCAAGAGGACGCCCCGCUCUUCAGGAACCGAUUCACCAGAUACAUUCAUUUGCUUUCAGAGGAGGGGGGCAACAAGUUUCGAUGCGGCAGGGAGAUCAAUAACAAAUAUGAAGAGCUUGAGAUUAGGAGGCUCUUUCACGAGGCCUACAGCCUUACAGCAGCGGAGCUUAAGCACUCAGUUGAACGAGUUGAGGACAUGCCAGUAAAGAAACUAGCACAGCCUGAACGUGCAGAUAGGAAAACAGAUUGCAGCAUGUUGAACUUAGCAGGUGCACUUCGAAAGAACAGGUUGGCUUUGAUGAGACGAGGCCUCGCCUUUGACCAGGCGAACUUGCUGGACUACCUGGAGCACGAUAGGCCAAAGAAUAAGGGCAAGGGAAAGUCUAAGGGUCAACAAGGCGGCGGAUCGCUCACCAUCAAGAUGCCUGUUGGGCUGGAAGGACGACGCAUGCCACCUUUGAUUUCCGAGUUCGAGCGAUUUGAAAUUGUCACAGCUGCGUCAAUGCCCACAACCGAUGCCAAAGGUUGCUUGACGGACUGCCUUCAACAUGUUCCCAGUGGCUCAAAGCUGCUCAGUUUUUCGGAAAAGGGGGAAGGCGAGAGCAGCUUAGUUUUGAAGUUUGGUAUUUACAGAACUCCCAUGAAGUGGAUUGACAGGUCAUUGACGUUGCACCACCCGUUUGACACUUUUCAUGCCGUUCCUGAUCAAUUGCUUGAUGUAUUAUUUUUCAUUUUGACCACGUCCCCUGCAGAUGUUUGCAAUUUUCGAAUUUCCAAAAUGAAGCUCUGGAUGAGUUGGGCAGAGGAGCUUGAAGCGCAAGAGAAAGAACACAAGUCACGCCUUGACCCUGAGGUUGGACAAGUUCUUGCCCCCAAAAGGCUCCUCCUGCUCAGAAAGAUAGCCUGCAGCUUGGAUUGGCCUGACACCAAUCUUUUUGACGAAAUUGAUGCGGGCUUCAAACUCACUGGAAUCCAGAGCCCUUCAAAUGUCUUUGGGCUUGAACCCAGACCACCGCAAGCCUCUGAAGGGGAGUUAUGGGCUAGCGCGAAAUUCAUUAGACCUGCGUUGAUUGGCAAGGUCAAAAGUGCAGCUCUUAAUACUGAGAGUCAGCCAUUGUGGGAUGCUACUAUGGAGGAAGCGGGUAACCAUCACUGGAUGACUGGCCCGCAUACAGUUGAACAAGUUCAUGAUAUUUUCAAUGGGCAGCCUUGGAUACCGGUGAGACGCUUCGCAGUUCUGCAGUCCUCUGGUGAUAGAAUGAAGCUCCGGCCUAUUGACGAUUUCGCAGAAAACCGUGUGAACACUGCCUAUGGCUACUCAGAUAAGUUGGAUUUGCGUACUUUAGACCAGGUAGUGUGGAUGACAGCUGCCAUCACCCGCGCAUUGGCGUUGGGGCAUGUUUCAUUUCGAAGGAGUGAUGGAGCCCGUCUGGAGGGUAAGGUCCACUCCGCAUAUCUGAUAGAGGGUGGUGGUCGACCUCUCCUUUCUGUUUUGGAUUUGUCAUCAGCAUAUAAACAAUUUGCGAUCAGUAAGGAGUGCAGGCGGCUCUCUGUCAUCGCCCUUAAGGAUCCUUCAGACAACUCAUGCAAGUGCUUCAUUGGCAAUGUGCUGCCAUUUGGGGCGACGGCCAGCGUGGUUCAUUUUAACCGCGUGUCCCGGCUGAUCCACUCCAUUGGGCUCCAUGCUGGACUGCUUUGGGGAAAUUAUUUCGACGACUUUCCAAUGGUGGCACCUUGCAUAUUAAAACAGUCCUCAAUGAACAUGGCUAAGCUCCUACUCGACAUGCUCGGGUUCCAGUUUGCCGACCAUAAACUGAAGCCCUUUGACUCAAAAGCCACUGUCCUUGGGGUCGAGAUUGACACCAGCGAAUCUAUGAAUGGUUUUGUUCUGGUGAGGAACAAGCCCGGCAGGGUGACAGAGGUCUCGGAUACAGUCAAUGGAAUUCUGGCCCGUGGCACGUUGACGGCGAAGGAGGCUAGCCGGAUCCUGGGCCGCAUACAAUUUGCAGAUGCCCAGGUUAUGGGUCGGGUUGGAAGAAUUGCCAUGCACGAGUUCCGGCUUGCCAUUAAAAGCCAUGAGAGCGUUGCUGGUCACACCAUCGGGGGUGUUAUGUCCAAUGACAACCGCUUUGAAUAUUUUUCUUGUGCAGUGCCGGAGCGCUUGGUUGAGGAGUGGGGAUCCAUGUUUUCCCACUUUAUUGGACUUGUGGAGCUCUAUGCCAUUUUGGUGAGCCGGCGUCAAGCAGUUUGUCCUCUGACAGGGGUUCGAAUGACCGUCCUCCAGUUGCAAUGCCACAUUGAGGAGACAGUUGACCUUUUGCAGGACAUGGGUUUCGACGGCCAUUUUAUUGUCAUUUUUCUGGACCAAAUUCAUGCUGAACUUCAAAGAUUUUUGCGUAUGUGUGAUCGCGCCAUUGCUGGCCUCGAAUACCGUCUUUUUGACAUUUUUCUCCGACGACUUCGCCUUUGA